ACUGUCAACCUCCAAGACACUCCCGCCCAGAAAUAAGGGUUUUCAAGCCGUGAGAGCCGAAGGAGGAGAAGAAGAGGGAGGAAAGAAGGAGGAAGAGAAGAUAAAUCGGGGGACUGAACAAAACCCAUCCGAUAUCCAUUCCUCAUUUCCUCGCUUGGCCUUAUUUUCCUCGCUGUCAUCCUUCUUCCUCUCACCCCCCCAUCUCUCACCCCCUUCCACCCUUCAUUAGACUACUGCAUUGCAAUUCUUAAGGUAUCGUAUGGUGCUGUACGAGUACUAGUACAGGCUUGUACCUGUUUGUGUAUAAUAUCGAUAGGGUAUUCCAUAACACUGCCGGUACCAAGUUUGGCCGGGGUUUGGUAUUCUCUCUCACACCCCAGCUUACCUCUCCAUAUCGGCAAACAACAACAGCAGCGACAGCACUCUACUAUAUCUUUGUUCAUCAUUCUCAUUCAUCUCCUCCUUUUUCUUUCUAUCUCUCAUUAUUGCCUCUGAUAUCAUCCUCGAAUAUACAUACGCCAGCGGAUAUCGCUGUAUUCAGCCCCACCAGCCCUCCCGCCCUACCGACUGAUUCCACCGCCACCGCUACCACCACCACAAUCACAACCCGUCGAUCUAGAAGACGAGGGCUCGCGGGGAGCCGCCGCUAGCAAUACAGACCAUAUGUGUAGGUCGUUUCUGUCUACCGUUUCACUUCCUCCCUCCAGCCAACUAAAAUUUGCUUAUAUUUUCCUUUAGCUGCGCAUAGCCUCUACGCGUCUGUGCUUAUCCUCCCCAAUCCCCAAUUAUCGAGCCCGGAACACCUUGCUCAAGUGCCACGAGUGAAGGUAGGUCGUUCGACACCGAGCAUCUAAGUCUUGGCUCUCAUUAUCCCCACCCCCUCUGACGUUGUCCGACCUCCACAGAAAAACAUCACUUUCGCUAUCGAUAUCUCUACCAAUAUCCGAACCCUUCACACGGGCGUCGCCUCGCGGGGUGAUGAUAUCUCCGGCUUGCUCUAUGUGCCCAUGGUAAACGAGACUGCAGCAUGCCACGGUAUCUCCUCUGUCCCUGCCAACGUUACGCACAAGGAUGACCUCCCGGAUGCCAUCUACGAUUUGAUUGCCCUCGCGCCAUGGGUAACGAGAAAUUGCAGUACCAGAUAUUUGAAGGCCGCUCAGGUUGAUGCAAGUGUUGUCAAAGGAUUUAUAUUUUAUCUCGACGAUAGGGCUGCGAAGAUUCCCGAGGCGAAGGAUCCCUAUUGGGACGGUGUUCCAUACGAUAGUUUCGAGUUCCCAAUAUAUGCCAUCCCCGGGGGAGAUGGUAUACCCUUGUUGGAAAAGGUUGCCGAGUAUUCCGGGAAUAUGUCCGAGGUUUGGGAAGCCCGGAAUCUAACGUCCUACUAUGAUCCGAGGGACUUUGCUAGGGUUUAUAUGGAGGUGGAUACGGGUAUGUGCGCCUGGGGUGCUGCAUUGGCAUGUACUUAUGUUGUUUCACUAUAGGCCAUCGGAAUCCGUUACCGGGGCUCUGGCUGUUCCUAUUGAUAGUUCUCGGCGUGCUUCUGGGCAUUGUGGGACUGACGUCCUUUAGCAUGCAUAUGCUUCAAUACCGGCAUCUGCAGGGACUUCGCCGUCGAGUUGCAAACGGACAGGUCGAUCUCGAAGCAUUAGGCAUAAAGCGACUCUCUGUCCCACGAAGAAUUCUCGAAAAGUUCCCAAUUCGAAUAUAUGUUCCCGAACCGACAUCUCCUACUGCUCCUGCACCCACCCAUUCCUCGCCGCUAACUCCCCGACCUAUACGACCCGUCUCCAAUCCCCCGAGAACGCCCCCGCCCGUUAGAUAUUUUGCGCCUCCCUCUCCACCUUUACCACCUUCACCUGCGCCUGUGAGACGACGUCAGAGCCAGGACCGGCGGAAUUACUCUGCGUAUGAUACAACUCUCCAACGCGGCUAUUCUCAGUCACAAUGCUCUAUCUGCUUGGACGACUUUAUUCCGCAUUCCACGGCUGUCCGUGAAUUACCCUGUCUUCAUGUCUUCCAUCCCGGUUGCAUCGACCCAUUUCUCGAAACCCAAUCCUCUCUGUGCCCACUAUGCAAGGUUUCAGCGUUACCCAGAGGCUAUGUCCCGCCUCAACUGACCAAUGCUACGGCGCGACGGGAACGGAAUCUUCGGCGGAUGCGGGCUCGGGUGGAUGCCGGCGGUGGCGGUUUGUCUCGGUGGGCCAGAUUUAGGUUCCUCAUAAGUUCAAGUCAGUAUGAAGAGGAAGAGCGUGAUCUCCGAAAUAUUGCAAGAAUGGCGGUAGCACGAAACAGUCCGAUGACCGAAAUGGGUGAAUAUAGUGGAAGAUCGAGCCGAUUGCCUGACGGGCCGAGGGAGUCCCAUGUUAAUAAUGAGCAAGCGGAGGAGAAUAACCGUUCCGGGUGUAUGUUUUCGAUUCAACUUCGUGAGCUUGGUGAUGCUGACAUUCAGUAGGGAGAAAAGCUAUGGGGACAUUGUUUCCUGGCUUUAAGUAGCGCACUGCUACACUAAUAUCAUACUUAAAUAUUGAUCUUUCUUUCGGUAAAAGGGGGUGUCACAUUCUGUCAUUUGAAUUCCUAUUACUAUACCAUUGGAUAACGAGUGGGUCGCUCUUUGGCGCAUGAAUUGUUUCUUAAAAUAUCUCUGGGGUGGGUUGAGUGCAUGGGAAUUCUGGCGUUUUUUUGUUUUCCAUUGUCCAUUUUUUUCUUUUCUUUACACGUCUGGCGGAUGGGGUUGAAUUUGCAUGAAUUUGGCUGGCGGUCGAUCGGGAAUGGUGUUCAUGUCACUAGGCAAUAUACCACGAUGGAAUUUGUAUCC